AUGCCACAUGGUUUCGACAAGCUCCUCAACCACGAAGAUCCAUCGCCCUCACCACCACCCCGUCGCAAAUCCGCUCUACCAAGAUACCACCUCCACGUCCGCCAGCAGCCCAUUGCUGCCCGCGCCUGCGGCGCAGGAGACCGUGACCGCCGCCCCGUCGACCCACCACCAAUCGUGCAGAUCCUCCUCACAGACUUCGACCCAGACUCCCAAGACGACAAAGAUACCCUCCAAGACCCCCGCUUCACCGUCGGCUGUCUGCUCUUCCCCUUCCCAGAAACAAACCCCUCUUCCUCCUCCACAGUCUCCCAGCCCCCCGACCCAGACCAAGCAGACCGCGACAGAGAUAGAGAUAGAGAUAGAGAUGGCAGAGACCUUUGUAAAGAGAAGGAGUCCGACGGCGUCGCGCGCGCAGACGACGACUUCUCCACCCCCCUUCUCUCCGGCAAGGCUUUCAUGUCCCCGUUCUACGUCGAAGCGGACCCAGAUCCAAAUUCCGCCCCUACGCACCCUUCCUCCGUGGAUGAUCUCCCCGCCAACCCUCUCGCCCCGGCUUCGCCGCCUCCCAAUCCGAAUCUGCGCAAUGCCUCCAAGCUGCAUCAGCCUGCUACGUUUUUCAUCUUUGCGGAUCUGUCGAUUCGUACUGCGGGGCUGUAUCGGCUGCAGUUUAGACUUAUGAAUUGGGGCUCUGUGGAGGAUACGGGUCAAUCUAUGCCUAUUCUUGCUGAGGCGUGGUCGGAUCCGUUCCGUGUGUAUCCGGCUAAGGAUUUCCCGGGGAUGAGCGAUUCGUCUAUUUUGGCGGAGGGUUUGAAGGAGCUUGGGUUUGUGGAGUUGAAGACGAGGGGGAAUGGGAAGGGGAAGGGGCGGAAGAAGUGGUGA